GCAUUUUGUGAAGUCGCACCGCAAUAAGAUGCGUUUUCCUGGCAGCCGCGUUCGUUUUCGCAGUACCGACGUUUGAGUACCAUGUGUUGCGUUGCGGUUUUGUGAAAAGGGACUUGAUUAAAUCGUUAAUGGGAUUUUGGAGAAUAAUAUUAAUUGUCGACUGUAACGUAUUUUUAAUUGGAUUUUUAUGAAACGGUAUUGUACAGAUAAUGUAAUGAUGUCUGCCGUUCAUGUGUACAGAAAGAAGACGUUCCUUCUGGCCACGGUUUUAUUCACCAGCUUUAUCCUGGUGCUGCAACUGAGUGCAAUAAAUAAUCAACCGGAUAAUGUCAGUGUUAAAAUUGUUGUGGCAGGUUACAACGACAAUCAAAUCGAUGAGUGGUUUCAAAUGAGACUUAAUGAGAAAUCGAGGAUGUCGGAUUUGGGGAGGAUGGUGUUCUUGAACGAACAGCCGCAAAUUGUCAAUAAACCAAAGGGUGACAAAUUCAAAAUUUUGGUUUGGAAAUAUGGUAGCAAAAUCGAGAAUAGACACCUCAAACGCUUUUCCGGCGACAAGUAUACUAAUCCGUAUUCCGAAUGUUCGGUAAGAAACUGUGAUAUUAGUUAUAAGGACUCGGAUAUUAACGACGCGGACAUUGUCAUCUUCCAUAUGCACGCGAUGGAAGGAACUGUAGACCUACCGCCGAAUAAAAGAAAUCCAAACCAAAUUUGGGCUUUUCUGACUGACGAAAGUCCCUACCAUACGUUCCUCAAAUCCCACAAGUAUAAAAUGUCAGACUUUGACGGUGUUUUCAACUGGUCCAUGUCUUACAGAAUGGACGCGGAUAUACCGGUGCCGUACGGCAGGACCGUGGUGGAAACUAGCAAAGAACUUAAUCUGGACUUCAAGAAACGUCGCGACGUUCUAAUCGCGAUAAUGGGUUCAAACUGCGGCGGCAUCAACGGCCGAUGGGACUACGUUAAAGAACUGUCCAAACACAUCCCCGUCCAUAUCUACGGCGGAUGCGGCACGGACUUCAAACACACGUGCCCGGGUCAUUUCAGAGAAGACUGCCAUGCGAUUGACGACUACAUGUUCUAUCUGUCAUUCGAGAACUCGAACUGCGACGAGUACAUCACCGAGAAACUGUGGUGGAACGCGUUCGAAAAGGGUGCCAUCCCGAUUGUGAUGGGCGGCUCGGACCAGGCAUACAGGAAACUGUUACCGCCCGACUCUUACAUCAACAUCGCCGACUUCGCCAGUCCCAAAAUCCUCGCCGACUAUGUGGCCUUCCUCAACCGCACCGGCGACUUUGUGAGCUACUACCGUUGGCGCAAACAGUUUCGGGUGCUCAACGAGCACGGAUAUUUCAAAAGUAAAUCGGUGCACUACUGCCGGAUAUGCGAGGCGCUAAACUACAACGUGAGGAACACGUCCAAAGUGCUGACCAACAUGAAGGACUGGUGGAGCGUACAAGCGAAUUGUCAUGCAUCCUGGAAGGACUCUUGAACCUACGAUUAUGUCCCAAAGAUUAUAUAUACAUAUAUAAGAUUUCUAUUGUAUAAAGAUAUUAUAAGGAAA